AUGGCGUUGGCGGCUGCAAGCCGAGGCGCGCUGCCUUCCUCGCCGGCGCUGGCGAGGCAUUCGGAAGCAAAGGCUCCAGCAAGCAGCUCGCCAUCCUCCACGCCAAUCCAGGCUGCGCGCGGCUGCCUGGUCUCGCUGCUCCCCGCCUUGGCGCUGCGGCAUGCGCGGAAUGCGCGGAAUGCGCGCGCCAGCCGGGCCAAGAGGCACAGUUGGGCCAAAGGCCGGAACUUGGUGGGGACCAACACCGAGGAGACCUCCAAUGAGCCGCCAAAGGACAAGAGGAUCUCCAUCCUUGGGUCUACCGGCAGCAUCGGCACCCAGACGCUGGACAUCUGCCGGCAGUUCCCGGGGCUCUUCCAGGUCGUCGCCCUGGCGGCAGGGAAGAAUAUCCCGCUGCUGCUGGAGCAAGUGCAGGAGUUUAAGCCGCAGAUGAUCGCUUGCGACGAGUCCAAGCUGGAGGAGCUGAAGGAGGGCGUCAAGAACCUCGGCCUCGACGGCUAUGAGCCAGUACUCUUGAGCGGUUCGGAGGGCCAGAUCGAGGUGGCCAGACAUCCGGACUGUGCCACCGUGGUGACGGGCAUCGUCGGCUGCGCGGGGCUUAUCCCCACCAUCGAGGCUAUCAAGGCAGGGAAGGACAUCGCCCUCGCCAACAAGGAGACCAUCAUCGCAGGUGGGCCGGUCAUCGCCCCGCUCAUCGAGGAGUGUGGGGUGAGUAUGCUGCCAGUGGAUUCCGAGCACUCGGCCAUCUUUCAGUGCAUGCAGGGCAUCCCCAAGGGCGGGGUCAAGAAGAUCAUCCUCACCGGGUCCGGCGGCACCUUCCGUGACAUGUCGGUGGAGGACAUGAAGAAGGAGGACCCGGAGGUGCUCCGAAAGCGGUCCACCACCCAUCCCAACUGGGACAUGGGCGCCAAGAUCACUGUGGACUCGUCCACCAUGAUGAACAAGGGCUUGGAGGUCAUUGAAGCGCAUUGGCUCUACGGAGUGGAGUACGACGACAUCGAGGUGGUGUGCCUCGGCCAAAAGCGAAAUUCCAAAGCGACGAAGUCGGAGUCCGCCGGGACUCUGAAUGGCGACUCUGGACUGGGCUCUCCUCCAAAAUGA